AUGCCCUCAACAAAUAGGCUCUCUAUGAAUAGACAGCCCAUAAACAACCCCACUCAACCCAAGACGAAUGGCAGUGCAGGCAACCUAAGCCAUGACUUUGAUGUUCACCAAGCUUCCCACACCCAUUCUUCAGACCCGACCUGUGCGUUUUGUCUUUUCGAAGCUAGGAGAAAUGAAAGAGUUUUCGAUAAUGAUGCCAAUGGCGGCGCUUCCGCUUACCAUUCUAAGAAUUCACUGUCUCAAAAUAACAUUCUUGGUGAAACGUCUCAUGAAUUGGAUGAAGAAGAUGAAGAUUGGCACAGUGUAGAUGAGGAUGGCAUGAGUGCAAAUGAUGUUGGAGAAUUUGAUGGUGAUGAUUUUCAGAGUACCAUUGUAAAUGAACAACAAAGAAACCAAGAAUUUUUAAAGAAUAAUUUCUGCUCAUCGCCAGUACAUCCCGCACGUUAUUUGAUACAAGUGGCCAACAUCAUUAAAUUACCAUUUGACAAUAUUGAUAUUUAUGAAAGGGUUCGAUCGAUGUUAAAAGCAUUUGGAUUACAGGUUUAUCUUGAUGGAGAAGUUUCUACCCCAUUUAAUAACUCACCAUUUUCUUUCAUAUGUGAAGGCUUGUAUUCAUUCAAAAUUGACGAUCUGUAUACAACAGAGAGCCCUAAUGGCAUGGGCUCCAGUUCUGUGAGUGGCGCCUUCUUUUGGAUAUGCUCAAUUUUAAAGCUAGAUAUAUUCGAAGCUUCAGCAAUGUUGAAUGCUGUGAAAGGAAAAGUUUUCCGCCUAUUAAACACACUUAUUGAGGAGCAGGAUAUUGCUAAAUCUGACCACGUCUCAGAUAGUGACGAGUUGAUUUCAAAAUAUAUAAAUCACACCAAUUUAGAUCGUACGUAUCUUCAAAAGCUUCUAAAGUUUACUGAUAGCGAUGAAACUCUUUUUUCUGGUCUAAUAAUUCUCUUGAGUGUCUAUAAUGUCCAGAAACUCAUUAAUUCUAGAAAAAUUUUAAAACAGCUGCAUCCAGGCGACUCACGGAAAACCACCACAAUUACUGGCUUCACAUAUUCUCUAUCAGAUAGACAGCGUCUGAUGUUAAUUAGUCAGACAAGGGACUAUAAAACAGAUAUAUUUACCGGGAAAGUCCCUGCAAAGAAAAAAGAGGGACAUCAAAGUUCGAAUAAUAAAAAAACUACAGAGUUAGAAAGGCCUAUAAAUGGAGUUGCGAAGGAAUCAGUAACUAAAAAACGAUCUUCCAAAGAAUCCGACGCCCAGAAGUCUGUUGACGCAAAAAAAACAAAUAGCGUUGAGAAGGAACCAAUUAAAGCAGCAAAAAAUCCAAAAUUAGGUAUGGAAACAUCAAAUAUCCGUGAUCCUUCAUCAAUUUUAACCAAUUAUUCAAGUCGAGUCGCAACCUACGUCAAGUUCUACCCUUCAUUGGAGCCUCAUUUUUCAAUUUUGGAAAAAAUGAUGAAAAAAUUAGAAGAUUUACAAAGAAAUCUAUUGGUCAAAACCGAUUUUUUCUAUUAUUUGCGUAACAUGAAUAGCUUUAAUCUUGCUGAUGAUAAUUUAUUUGAGGAAUUUUUGAAAGAUUACGGAUAUGAUUCGAUUCUUGAAUCCAUUAAGAUCUCUAAUGACAUCGUGGCGAAGAGCUUGGGGGAUAUUACCAACUCUUUGGCCAGAAAAUUAUUAUCAUUCCCAAAUAUGACUGAUGACUCAAGAAUAUCUAGUUUAAAAGUAGUAUGUGAAUCUUGUUUGGAGGCAUAUAAGAAUGCUAUUAGUUCUUUCAAGAAUGAUGGAGGCUAUGAAUCUGCAAUGGACAAAGUCGAACGAAUUUGUGUGCUGCCAAUUGAUGAGACAAAAUCCAUCACCACUAUCCCUGCCGAAACCACAACCAAUAAGACAUCAACUUCAUCUAACAGCAAUUCUGGCAUUGAUAAAAAAUCACCUCAGCCAGAGUCUAACACUAAAGACAAAACAGCCAAAUCAGACCCGCUUACCAAAAACAACACUCCAGAACCAAUAACAGCAAAAGAGAAGGUAUUAGCUAGCACCUCAAGUUCAACUUCUUUCGGUACCGUUAAAGUGCAAAAAAGGUCAGAUUCUCCUCUUCCUAAUCAGAAGAUAGCCGGGUCCCAGAUCUUAUCUAAGGAUCCUAUUGCAUUAUCCAGUAACGGCACGGCAGUAAUGCCUAAUUCUAUAGGAUCAAAUAAAUCAUACAACUCGGAGGAUUUUAUACCAACAUCAAGUAAACAGGUGUUGAACAGUCAGUCCACUGCAACAACCAAAAGAGAUGAUACCACGAAAGAAAAACCUAUAGUAACAACCAGGAAGGAUGAAAAGGCAAAAGAAAAAGCUACAGUAACAACUAUGAGGGAUGACAAGACAAAAGAAAAGCCUAUUGCUGUGACUAAGAAGGAUGACAAAACAAAAGAAAAGCCUAUUGCUGUGAUUAAGAAGGAUGACAAAACAAAAGAAAAGCCUAUUGCUGUGAUUAAGAAGGAUGACAAGUCAAAAGAAAAACCUGCGGUAACAGUUAAGAAGGAUGAUAAGACAAAAGAGAAACCCAAACCAAAAAGGGCCGAAACACCAAAACUUAGUGAAGGAGAGACCUAUAAGAGAAAUAGAAUCAAGGAAAUCAAGAAAUUUGAGGCUGCUCUUAAGCCUAAACUAGCACCGCUUGGUAAAUUUGAAGCCAAAACGCCGAUUCAACCUCUUAGUUCAUUUGAUACCAUUUUCGAAAGAAACAAUGCUAGUAUUGACUUACUAGAUAAAGUAAAACAAGAACAAGAAUCCUUAAAGCUGAAGAAGGCAGAAGAAGAGAAAGCCCGUAUAGAAGAAGAGAAGCAAGAGAAGAGAAGGAAAGAAUUAGAAAAAGCAGAGGAGGAUAAGGAAAAGAGAAAGCAGGCAGCUAGAUCCAAGGAAACUAAGGCCUAUGGUAAAUCAGCGUCCAAGCAGAAAUCUCAAGUAGGAUCAUUUGAAGAGCUUGAUGAAAACAGAAAGAAGAAAUUGCUCAGCAGAAAAAAGGAGGAAAAAAUAAAAGCCAAGCAAAAGGCCAAUGAAGCAUACUUGGAAUCUAAGAGCAGUCCAAUCAUUAGAAUUGUCAACGGUGAAUCUGACCCAAUAGAUAUGGAGGCCGUGAAAAGGAAAUCUGCAGUUAUGAAGGCGCAGUUUAACGCCGAGGAAAACAAAGCUCAUAAAGAAGCGGUGUUGAGGGCAAAAGAGGAACUUAAAACCAGAGAAAUGGAGGCUCCCGUAAAAAUUCCUGAAAAUAAUGUGAUGAUCUCAAAUGUUUCAUCCCUUGUUUCACAGAAUUCUACCAGAGAAGUCGAUUCUUCAAGACCUUCUUCUCAAAGUAAGGCCGAUAUUUCUUCAAAGCCAACCAAAAUACAAGGGAAACAGAAACACAAACAGAAGACGAUUCCUAGUAACCCAACCGGCAAAUGCGAUGGCAAAAAAGUUGAAAGCAAGCAAUUUUCUGUUCCAGCCAAGGUUAAGGCUAAUGAUUCUGAUAGGGAUCUCAAGAAAAAGGCUGAUGCUGACACAAAAAACUUUACAGAUGCUUUAAGUGAUGAUACUGGAAGCAACGAAACUUUGAAGAGUGUCCAUGCCCCAUCGGAGUCUAACUUAGGGUCUAACAGACUGUCAGUUGCUCCAGAGUUUGAACCAUUCAAUUUUAAUAAGUUUGUGACCAGCGGGGCCUUAGGUGGUGGCUUGCAUAAUCCUGCGAUGUCAUCACAUUCUCCUGUUGCUAAUGGCACCGGUGCACAGAAUCCAAUUCGUUUCGAUAAUUCCAUGGGUUCUUCAACAUUAUUUCAACAACCAUCCCCACAACUUAUGCAGCCUCAGCCACUUGCACCAGGCCAAAAACAUCCAAUUACAUUCGGUGGCUCUGGAUCAGUCGUUGGACCAACCGCUCUGUUCUUUAGUAAAACCAGCCCUGUCUUCCCAUUCUUUGGAACUCUGUCACCUUUCCAGGAUCCCCUAGCAGGACUAGACCGCAGCGGGAGUGCCCAUGGUUUUGGAGAAACUUUUUCGCCAUUUGGUGACAGAGUAUCUGGGAGUAGGCAAUCAACUACAUCUUUGCCUAAGAAUCAGUUUGAUUUGUUAAAUUCUAAUGGAUCCUUAUCCGCUGAAAACUUUGAUAGCCACGAAGAAGAUUUAGACUUUGAUAAAUUGAAAAAUGAGAUUGAAAAUCAAGUUUUCAAUGAUCAAUUGGAAACUAGGUCAUCAUUUGAUGCUGCUAAUGGAAAUACUAAUGGUGGUGGUAGUAAUGAGAGAAAUGAUCAAUAUCCGGCGCGCACUAAAGGGAAGGAACGGCAACAAUUCAAGAAAUCUUUCACUAAUUCCAAGGCUGUGGCUGCCGAACCUGAUUCUAGCUCACUAAAUAAUUUCAGCAAUAAGAUGAUUUUAGAAGCUAUUUUGAAAAACAAUUUUGAUUUCAAUGGAGGAUUGGAGGAAUAUUUUGCUAAAGUUUCAUCUGGUGAAGGGUUGGAAGAAUACGAUCUGAUUGAUGAAUGUGAGGCUCGUAAUAUUCCAUUGAAACCACUCAACAUCAAUAUCAAUACAUUUUUGGCCAAUCCAGAGACUGACAGCACGGGGUUUGGGAUUUACCAUGAUUUGGAAGCCAAAGAACCUUGGAAUAUUGUUGAGGAAAACAUCGAUAGAUUGGCUGAUGUGUUGGAAAUCUCCCCGGAGCAUAGUGAGGUUUUGCUUGAGAAUUGCAAUUACGUAUUAUCCAGAACCAUUACGUACGCGAUUUUCAACCAUGAGAAGGCUUAUCAGAUCAAGGUUUCCAACAAUGAUCGGAAAAUGUUGAAGGUGAGUGCUGGGACCAAAGAAUUUGAAGCUUUGAGCGAGUUUGUGGAAAACAACACCGAAUUGAAUAGUAUUUCUUGGGAAUUUUACACAAGGGCUCUAGAAUACUUCAAUGGGAAUAUUGUCAGUGUAAUUGCUGCUGUAGUAAUCAUCUUUAGAGAAGGAUAUUCGGGACCUACUUGGAUUGAAAGUUGGGAGCCAGCAAAUUUUUUUCUCAAGGAGAUGAUUGAAGAUGCUAUUGAAACCUUGACUUUCCAACCGGUUAGAAGGAUGAAAAAGAAAUGA